UUUUUUUCCCCCCGUUCAGUUAACAAACGAUUAAACGAAUUAACGCUUUGAUUUUUCUCUCCUUUUGUUCGACACUACAAUAACGAUAUGAUUAUAAUAUAACACGGCUCGCGUACUCCCGUGAAUUAUAUAGUAACCUAUACCCACCGACCUAUCGUUUUAAUUGAAUUAGGCGCGUCAUUUUUCGCACUCGCACCACUUCGUUUCCAUGUAAAGUUAUUGUCAUAUUUUGUCCACGGCCACAGAAGGACGUUUAUUAUCGUCGUUUGCAAACGCCAUGUCAACGUUUAUACGCGGAAGAGGUGGUAUUAUCGUCGAUCGUCGUGGAAAGUAAACAUAAAAAAAACCAUACUCGACACUUAGACAUUAAAAUGAAAUAAUAAUAAUAUUAAUAUAUUAUGUUUCUAAUUUUUGGGCGUUCGCCGCGCGCGAAUACUAACAUACAUCACCGUCUCCCCGUUAAUACACAUCGUAUAGGUUCUCAGUUUACCGGCACCGAUGAUCUAAGCUGCAAUUGGUAAUGUUCUGUGCAACGAUCGUGGACACGGUGAUGGUAUUAAAUUCAUCUGUUGCAUGAAUACUGCCUACUACUGCUUAUUGCUAAGGGCGAACUGCACUCUACGUCUAUUUGGACGUGAUAGUGACUGUCUUGCUGUAAGUAUAAGAUUUUUUUUUGUUGUCGCGCUUUUUACAAUAUGUGCAGGUAUCUACCUGUGUACAUAGGGUGCUUGUGUUGUACAAAUACAAUAAUUAUUGUCUUGUAGCGUUUCUGAUUGAUUAAUGAACUUUUUUUCUUUGGCAAUUUUUUUACUAUGAUGUUUCUAUAUAUCUACUAUUUAAUUUCCUAUCAAUUAUGAUUCGCAUGAUGGGAAGUUUGAUGUUAAUCAUCAUAAUAGUUUUAUAAAAAUUGAAUAUAUAUUAUUUUAAAUCUUGUUGUUAUCGGUUAAAUAUUGACAAACAUCUCUGCUUGUAUAAUAUAUUACUAUGUAACUAUUAUGAUAGCUAACUAAUUGGAAUGCAUUACAAGGCCAUGUCAAUUUUAAAAAAACUUCUCUUCUCUUAAGAUUCAAAUAUUAACAAGAAUUAUUAAUUCAUAUUUGUUUUAGUCUAAAACAUAAUAAUUAUAUUCUGUUAAAAAUAAAAUAUUACUAAUAUACUAAAUAUUGGGCAUGUUGUAUGUGCAUGUGUUUUAUACCUACUUAAUUUAUUGGAAAAUAAAGUUAGUCUAUUUAAUUAUUAAAAUUGUUAGUACAGGGAACAAUAUUUUAUCACCUAUUUUAAAAAUAAAUAGUACAUGAGAUAAGACCUCUUCAGGUGUAGGUAUGACAAGUAUUUUUCAUUGAAUGUCUAUAAGGACACAUAUGGAUAAAAAACAGUCACUUUCUAAUUUGUUCUAAUUUGUUUAGCAUUCAAUUGUUUCAAUAUUGAAUUGUGCAAAAACUAUGUUAUAAAAUAUAAUUUAAAACACUGUAUUUUACCCAUAUGUGUCCUUAGACAUUAAAUGAAAGGUACUUGUCAUAUCUACACCUGGAGAGGUUUAUCUCAUGUGUUAGUUAUAUACCAAUUUAUUUAUAUUAUAAACUAGUAACUAGUACUUAACUAAGUAAAUUGUUAGGUAAGUACUAAGAAUUAAUUUUAUGGAGAAGUGAAUCAUGAAUAAAUAAUGUUUUUCUAACAGAGUGAAAUCUACUAUUUGUACAUAUUUGUAUUUUUAAUGGAUAUAUCAAUGCAUUUUAAUAUUUCCUUAAAUAAUGAUAAUUGAAUUAAAUUUUAAUAAUUAGCAUACAAUUUAUUGAUAUACAGGAUGGAACUGGCCUAUUUGACAUUUUCACAUGUAACUACAAUGUAAAAAUGUCAAAUAGUCACGUCCUUGAUAAGGUACUUUUAAAUGUAUUGUAUAAAAAAAAUAUUAUUAAUACCCUAUGGCUUAAAUGAUUAAUUUUUGAAUAACUGGAAAAACAAAUUAAUAUUUUAGUUUUGAUACCUAAAAUUAGAAUUAGAUUAUUAUAGGUACCUACUUACUACCUACAUACAAAAUUAUUUGACCCUUCUAUUUACCUAUUUUAUACUCAAUAAUAUUUAAUAUAUUCAUAAUAUCUAGUUGUUUUAAAUAACUGGAUUAAUAUGGAAAAGUAUUUAAGUAGAUACUAAGAAAACUGAAGAAAAUUAGUUUUGGAUUCUUGGAAUUUUACCCAAUAAACAUACAAUUUUGUUGCUAAGUCUAAAGUUAAAGUGUGAGAAAUCCAGGGAAUUAAUGAAAUUUCAUAUGAAAGUAAAAUCCGAUUUUAAUUCUAUAUAAUCCACUGAAAAUUUUAGCAGGUUAAUAUUUUUUAUGAACAAAAGGGUCAUCAACAUUUUUGAGCUGUUGGACAUAUCAUGAAUUAUUUAAAAAUUUAAGUGUCUUCAUUCAAAUAAAAUAGCGUAUUAAUUAAACUUAUACAUAAUUGCUUAAUUUACAAUUUUAUUUAAUACUAAAAUUUUUUUCUUAAUUUUCUGUGAUCAACUUCUAAUCUGGCACAAGGUAUCUUUGUAAAUUAUCAACAUGAUUGUAAUUUUAUUACAGUUUAAAAUAUUUUAUAACAUACAAUUUAAAAUGUUCAAAAUAAAUAGUGAAUAUGUAUUAUUGUAGGUGGUAAGUUUAGAAGGUAUUAGAUAUAAUAUAAUUUAGGUUUUGUAAUAUAUUAAAAGUAACGAAAAACCAUUGCAAUCACCACAUGAUUUAAUCACAGCUCAGUGAUGUAACACAAAAAUCAAUUAUUAUUAUUAUUAUUAUUAUUAUUAGUUGUUAGACUUUUUUUGGUAAAGUAUGAUAGGAAUUUUCGAAAAGAUGGUUUAAAUACAUUAUUAACAAGGGGUUACCGUGGCAUUUUAAUAAGCCAAGUGUUUUUUGAAAAAAAAAAAAAAAAAAACUAAAACUAAAAUAACAGUAGGUAAUUAGAAUAUUAAAUUAAAACCAUAAUUUUCUUGAUUUAAUACUACUAAAUAGUCUUGAGAGAUUUUUUUAUAGAUUUGGUUAAUACAAGUAAACAAACACAUAUUAUAAUUUUAAAUGUAUAGAUUAUUUAUUUUGGUAAUCAAAUUAUUAAGUAUGAGAUAAUGAACUUUUUAAAUAAAUUAUUAUUUAAAAAUAAAAAUAUAAUAAAAUAAUAAAGUAAAAACAAAAAUAUUAAAAUGGUUAAUACUUAUUAAUAAAUAUAAAAAUAAUAAAUGUAUGUAUAAAAAAAAUAAUUAAUUAAUGUGUCACCUGGAAUAUUAUGAGUAGUAUAAUAACAUAUUUAUAUUAUUUAUUUUUUAUUUUAGAUAUUGAGUGCAGUGAGGAAUGUAUUGGUUUUACAACGUUUUUUUUUUUUCUAUUAGAAAGCAUACUCCAAUUAUAUAUUUUAUUAUAUUAAGUAUAUCACUUUUUCUGAAAAGAAAAUGUCUCUGGGUGGUACUUUAGAGAGAUUAUUUUUUGAAAUUCUCAUUAAUAUUCAAGAUAAUGAGGAAUAUCUUGGUCUUAAGCCUAAAAAAGAUUGAAAGAUUAAAAAUAAGAUUAUCGUAGGCAAUUGUUUUUAGAGUUUGAUUUAAAGGCGGUUUCUAGCAUUGUUCAUUUUUAGGCCUGAGUGUAAUGUUUAAUUAGAUACCAUUUAUAUGGUGUAAUUAUUUUACCAAAAUAUGAUAUAUACCAUAUAGUGUAUUGCUGACAAAGUAACAUCAACUGAAUUUAGUUUAGAAUUGUUUUUUGUUAGCAAUAGUUUAUCGUUGCUUACAGAUAUACAUUAAAUUCCUGUCUGUAGCCUACCUACCCAACUUCCAACUUACAACAGUGGCUGCAACCACAUGGGAAGUAUGUCCGUCCUUUUUAUACAUACAUUUUAUAUUUUUAUAUUUAUUUACUAUAUUUAAAAAUUUAACCCUGUACAGUCAAUUUCAGACCAUAUUAAUCAAAAUACCAACAUAUUUUAAUCAAACCUAGGUUCAGAGUUGAUAUUGAUAUUAAAAAAAAAAAAGAUAAUAUUUUAGUAGAUAGGUAUUAAUAUAUAUUAUGUACACUCAUUAAGGUCAUACUCCUGAAGUACACAAUAUUAUUAUACUCUAAUAAUUUUAAUACUAUUAGAAGAAAUAAAUAAAUAAAAUAUUAAGAGGAUGUAUACCCACAUCUACUGUCUUAGUCUAUCAGGUAACAUGCAAAAACAAUGCUUACAUAGAAUAAGUAAAACUAUCUUAAGUUUGAUUUUAGAGUAAAAGUACCUAUUAAGACAUUUGUAGAGAAAAAUAUUUUGGAGGGAAUGUUAUAGGUCUUUUUUGAAUUAUGAACUAUUAAAAAAGUUAAUUAUUUUUAAAAAAAAAAAGGUUCUUGUAAUUUUGAAUAAUACAAAAUCCCUAAAACAAUCCCUCCAAAAUAUUGUUCUUUAUGAAUUUCAUAAUAGGUACUUUUACUUUAAAAUUAAAUUUAAGCUAGUAUUACUUAUUCUGUGUAAGCAUUGUCUUUUCAUGUUACCCAAUAGUAGGACCGAAACAGUAAUUGCAGGUAUCUUAAUGUCCUCUUAAUGUAGAUUAAUAGAAUGUGAUAGGUACCAAAUAAAAAUCUUAAAAAAAGUUUAAAAAUUAGAUGCUAUGUCUUUCCUAUUUAAGGGGUUUUAUAUUGGUAAUUUCCUUAAAAUUUUAUCAACUUUAAAAUAAUAAAAUUCACUUUUAAAAUAUAUAUUUAAGAACAAGUCAUCUCAUGUAAUUAUCAUAUGUAUUUAUUGUGAAAUUCAGAAAUUAAAAAAAGAUGUUAAUGAAGAAACAAUUUCAUACGGACAAGAACUACUCUAGUUUUAGACUUUAUUAAGAAACCAAAUUUUUACCAUAAUAAAAAGAGAACCUCGACUGUGUAACCUUGGUAUUAAAUUUUUGAUAUCAUUACUAUGAAAAUUAUUAUUCGAGUUUGAAAAAUUUUAAUUUAUCAGAUUUUAAAACAAUAAGAACUUUUUUUAUGGUAAAAAUUAGAUUUCUUAAUUAAAUCUAUAGUUCAAGUAGUUUUUGUCCACAAAACUGUUUUUACAGUAGAAUUGUAAGUGGUAGGUAUUCACCAUCUUAAUUUUCUUAUGUUAUUAUUAUAUGAACCAACAUGUUUACUACUAAAUACUGUUAAACCCGAGAUUAAACCAUUAUAUUUCAUAUUAUUAACCUAUUGAGUAAAUAGAAUCUUAAUAUAGUACCUAAUCAUAAGUUAAAGAUAGUAUAUUAUGCUUCUUGCUUAUGCAUACAUAUUAGUAUACAGGGUAUCCCACAAAGAUUACCUAUUGUAAUAUCUCCGAAGAUGAUAAAAUUCUGUUUUUUUUUUUUUAAUAUACAUUACUCAGAGAUAAGUACUAUAAAUAUUUAUAUCACAAUUAAUUUUUUAUGUUUUGAUAAGAAAAUUAAAAAAUAUAAUCAUUAAGAUCAUAGACAUAUAAUAAAAUUGUAUGUCUGCGAUUAAGAUAGCCGUUUAUAGUUUAUUCUUCUGGAAAUUUUGAGGUAUCAACUUUUAAUUUUCAUUAAAUGUGCAAAAUGUAGGUAGGUAUUAAUACAAAAUAAUAAGUCUUUUUUUUUCCCCAGUAUACUACUUUUCUACCAGCAAUUUUGCUCCAAUUUACAAUAUUAAAAUAUAAGUCAUUCCAAGAAAAAGCUACAAUAUUUCGAUAUUAUCGUCAAAAAAAUGACAACAAUGGCGCGAUGGAACUACAUCAAGAUUGGACUGGCCCGGGCUGAACAGUAAUAUAAUCAGUGUUAAAUCUAGCCAAUUUCUCUUGAGGGGGGGGAUUACUAAAAUUAUAGUAAUGACUUUUUUUUUCUUAUCUACUCUUACUAAAACCAGUCAAAUUUGUUUAAUUAUAAUUAUUUAUUUACCCACAUUUAACAGACGACAAACAAAAUUCCAGGUGGGCUGUUGCCCCUCUGUUAUAUAUCUGGAUUAAACACUAAACAUAAUCAAUUUAUGAAACCAGCCCCAUUACCAAAUUAUAGACCAGGGCCGUCCAACCCUGUACUACACAUAAUGUAUGAUUUGAUCAAAAAUUCAGAAAGAACUGAAGAAAUUCAAUUCAUAAAAAUUAAAUUUGAUUAGGUAUCUAAUAAAUGGCUCUUUAAAAAUUAAUACCUACCCAAUAACUGAUUACUAUUAAACAUUUUCAAAAUGUAGAGAGUUAUUUUGUUUGUGUAUAAUUUUUUCAAAAGGAAAAGUGACAACCCGAUCAAAACUGUUUAAAAUUAAAAUAAUACUGGAAAUGAAGUCAAAAUGUUAAAAGUGGCUGGGCUCGUUUCGAUGGAAAAAUACAAGGAUGUGCAAAACCUUAAAUUAAAUUACUAGUAAUGAUAAUAAUAUUCUAAAAUGUCCGAAAACAGCAGUAUUCCGUCGACAACGACAAACGUCAAAAUGAUAAAUAAUAUUGAUAUAUUUUACUCAUGCAGUUGCGAUUGUCGGUUUAUAAUAUUGUAUUCUAAAUUCAUGUAUAAACGAACAAAAGUAAUUUUAUGAAAUUAUCUGAUGCGAUAUGACACUUUUAACGUUGGUUAACAUUAAUAUUAUUACUAUCAUUGACCACACAGCUAUUUUUUGUUUUAUUACUUUUACAAAUGUUAUUAAGCCAUAAUGAAUGUAGGAAUGUCAAUUUUGUCAUAGAAAUUAUAGGUUAUAAUAUUAUGUAGUUAGGUAUAAUGUAUGCUGCAUAGUAUAAACAAGCAGCGUCAAAAGAGCAAAUACGAAACAUAACGUCACAAUACGCGAGCUCAAAGGUUAAUUUAAUUAAGUGUUUAAGUGCAUGAAUAAAUAAAAAUAAUUGGCUAUGAAGACCGAACGUUAAAUCAUUGGAUUAAACAACUCUGUAAACCAUAUUUAUUUCAGAAAAAAAAUAAUUAAAAUCUAUUAUAAUCAGUGCUGUAACUGGGAAAAUUUAAUUAGAGGAGCUCCUUCCCCUACGCCCAUCCUCCCCUCCAAAUCAAGCAAUGAUUAUAACAUAAUAAAAUGUAUCAUAAGUUUAAAUUGAUUAAAUUAAUUAAAUUUUAAUACAUCAUUAUAGUACUCACCCAAUUUUGACGAGAGAAUUUGAGUAUUGAACACAACGCUGCGACUGUUUCAAUGAAAAUGAUAUCGUGCAUUUGUGAUUCAGUUUCAUUCGUGUGUUUUAUGCUUAUCAAUUGAACGCAAACAUUGGGCAAAACCCACGAUUGCCAAACAAUUUUUCCUUAUCAAGACUAUAUUUAUUAUACUUAUAUUAUUAUUACUCAUAUUUUUUAGUUGUAAAUAAUAUUUAAAAAUUCAUGAAAAUAAUGUGUCCGUUCAGAUACGACAGUGUACGCAAACUAUGAAUCGAUUUUUAUAUAAUUUAUAAAAUAUGGUAUAGUUAUUAAUAUUAUUUAAAUACGGUAACCAUAUUGAUACUGUGUAUCAUAGUUAAUAUUGCACCCAAAUAAUCGACAGUGCUUUCGUGUGUAAUCGAGAAUUAAAUACAUCACCAGUUCACGGAAUGUUUAUCAAAACGAAUACGUUUUCGACCUCGGUGUACACCGAGUACAAAAAGUGCAUUGAAUUGAAAACGCUAUAACGCUACUUAAAGUAGUCUUGCUCUUUUGGUGUUUUUUUGAGGUUUUAUACAAUAAAAUAUCUUACGAGUAAUAUGACAUAUUAGACUAAAAUGAUAAGUACACAUUUAAGUAUUUAGUUUGACGGAUUUUAUUUUUGAAAACAGAUUUUGAUUGAAUAACAAGUAUACUAUCUUAUAACUGGGGUAAUUAUAAAUAUCUAUUAUUUUUCUAUUUAUUUUCUAUGGUAAUACGUAUAAUUUUUAGAAUAUUUAAAAUUAUCUCUGUCUAACUUAGUAAACUUAUUAAUCAAUCCAAAUCUAUUCACAAACAAAAUUUGUCUUACUAAAAUCCUACAUUUUUUUUUCUAAUUUGUUUGUCUAAAUACCAUAUUUUUCAAUAAUUGCAAUCCUCUUAAUACAAUUAUUAUUUUCCGUAUAUUAUGUUGUAAAAUUUUUGUAGAGUUAAUUAAGUUUUUUGUUUAUGUAUGGUUAAUAUUGUGUGUAUUAUUAAUUUGUUUAAUUAUAUUUAUCAUAUAGACAUGCAUGGACUGGAAGCAAAUGAUUCAAAAACACAGUCGUAAGAUCUUGAAUAGGUUUAGUAUGGAUUUGAUGUUAGAAGCUUAUUUGACACACGAAUCAAGUCUCAUGGAUUUGGAUGAUAUACCACAAACAGUUGAUCCUGUAUGGAUACUAGGAAAAAAAUAUAGUACAAUUAUUGGUAAAUAAAUACUUAAAAUAAAAAUAGUGCUUCAUUUUUUGAAUUUUAAUACUUUUUAUUUGUAAAUGUUGUGAUAUCAGCACUGUUUUUAUAAUUAAAAUACUUAUUUUUUAAAUUAUCUACAUUAAUUAUUUAUUUUAUUCUGUAGAAAUAAUAUUGUUUUAUAUACAUAUUUAUUGUUUUCAGAUUUACAACAAAUACGAGAAGAUGUUCUAUCCAGAUUAUGGUUUACUUAUAGGAAAGGUUUUGUUCAAAUUGGAAAUACAAAUUUUACUUCAGAUAAGGGUUGGGGAUGUAUGUUGCGAUGUGGUCAAAUGGUCAUUGGCCAAGCUCUAAUCUUUUUACACUUAGGUGAGGGAUCAUAAUUUUGUAUUAUAUGCUAUAUAUACUGGAGUUUGGUAUUUUGUUCCAAAUGUUUAUUAUAACAUUGAAUUAUUUUAUAGAAAUAUUCUACAUGUGUUUGAAUAAUGGACCAUUGUUCAUUUCCAAACUAUAUUUUUAUAGUUAGCAUACAUAUUUUUGGGGGCCCUAGUUUAAUGUAUUUCUGAGUGUGAAUUAUAACUACACUGGUAUUAGUCAUAGUACAAAUAUUACUAAUGGCAAUGUAGUUAUUAUACAAAUGGAGAAAUACAUUAAAUCAAGUCCCAAAAUAGUGUAUGCAAACUGAAAAGUAUCCAAAGUAUAAUAGUAGAAUGGACCCAUGGACACAGCUCUAAUAAUUACUCAUUCAACAAUACCAUUCAGUUGUAAAUUUAAAUUUGUGAAUAAAUUAUACAUUUCUUCAAUCAUCAUAAUAAUUACCUAUUAAGUAUAUUUAAAUGUAUAGAACACGAGUAGUCAAAUAUUUUAAUUUUUAUCAUAAAUUAAAUAAAUAAAACCAUAAUCAAUGAACAAUAGUCUAUAUAAUACACAUUUUUAGAAAUUUAAAUGAAGUAAAUUGUAUCAUUUUUAACUUCUAAAGUUGUAACCAUAUAUAUUUUUGAAAUUGAUAAAAUCUUUAAUGUUCCAAGUAUUUUUUUAAAGAAUGGUAUUAAUAUAUCAAUACUUUAUUUAUGUACUAGUUAAAUAUUUAUUAAUAUUAUCUUAUAAACAUGUAUGAAUUAAACAGGUAGAGAUUGGCGAUGGGAUCCAGAUAAGAGGGACAUUGAUUAUCUAAAAAUACUAAGAAUGUUCGAGGACAAAAAAAAUGCACCUUAUUCAAUUCAUCAAAUAGCUCUAAUGGGCGUAUCUUAUGGUAAACAAGUAGGUGAAUGGUUUGGUCCAAAUACAAUAGCUCAAGUGUUAAAGUGAGUUUGAAUUUUAUAAACCAAAAAUAAUAAUCAUACAAUUUUAUAAUAUAUAAAAAUAUGUAUGUAUUAUUAUUUUACAGGAAAUUAGCCACUAUGGAUGAAUUAAAUUCGCUUGUGUUUCAUGUAGCAUUAGACAACACACUAGUCAUUAAUGAAGUCAGUAUGUACACAUUUGUAUGACCAAAAACUUGUCUUAUUUAUUAUCAAAAGUACAUAAGUUAUUUGUUUUUUUCAGACACACUAUGUACACUUAUAGAACAAACUCCAAAACCUAAUUGUAGUAAAAAAAAAUGGAAGCCAUUAGUAUUGGUAAUACCAUUACGUUUAGGGAUCAGUGCAAUCAAUCCUGCUUAUGUUCAAGGUGUUAAAGUAAGUCCUUCCAUUUCAUUGAUCUAGGUAUAAUCUUUUAUAUUUAUUUUGAAAAUUAAAACUGUGUUUAAAAGAGGGAAAGAUUCCUAUUUGAGUAUGUACUUACUUAUGGCAUAUGGAGAAGGGUUAAUAAUUAAAAAUGGUUUUAAAGUAAAGUUUAAACGAUUCCAUAAUGAUGAGAAAAGACAGAUAUCAAAUUCACUUAAAAAAACUAAGAUAAUUGCUGGUUCAUGAUAAACCCUGCAUUCCAAAUUUAUGUUACUGCCAUUAUAUAAUGUAAAUAUUCAAACUAGAAAAAAUUGUAUAGUUCCAAAAAUAUAAUUUGGAUUAAUAUAAAAUAAAUUUCACUGUCUUUUUUUGAGGGGAGAGGUUAGGGAUCAAUUUUUGAAAUUCAGAUAGUUUAAUUUAAGUCUACAUUAAAAGUUCCAUAAUUAGACUGAGUUUAAAUACAUUUGUAUGUUGUUAAGUAUGAUGUUCAAUUAUUUAAACUAAUACUGCAUCUAUUUAUGGAAUUUUAGAUUAGGUUCUAUUCAAAUUUCAAAAAUUGACUAUCAAAACCAAAAAAAAGUCAACAUUAUUUUAGAUGUUUAUAGUGUGAAAAACUUUUGUAUUACAUAUUUUUUUUUAUUUUUUUUAUUAUUUUUACGAUAAAAUGGCUUUAACAUACAUUUUGAAUCACUCUGUAUGUAGAAAAAAAAAAUUAUUAAAUGGGACGGUAAUGGAGUUUACACUAGAGUUUAAUUUUUAUCAGACAUUGAAUAAAAAUAAAUAACGCACAAAAUGAUACAUUUCAAACAAUUUUGUGUAAUCUUGUUGCGAUUGAAAUAAAGUUACUAUUCUAAAAUAAUAUAUAUCUUCAAUUUUAAUAAGAUUUUCAUGUCAAUUUGAAAUAAUCUUUAACUGUUUAAUUACAAUAAAUAAAUAAAAUUGACUACUGUUAUUUUAUAUAUACAGGAUGAUUUACUAAGAGUGCCAUUUUUUGUUAAAUUUUGCAUGCAUUCAAAUUCUAACUUUUGGAGAGUAGUAGAGUGUCUUUAUGUAGCAGCACAGCUGCACAUUUUAUUAGUACUCUACUACUCUCUCCCCUACUUAAAUUUAAAAAUGAAAUAUCUCCUCAACAGGUUGAUGGAAACCAAAUUUUCAACACUAAAAUUUGUUUAAAUAAUAUUCCAUUUAUUUCAUGAAGUUUUAAUAUUGGUUCUCAUUUGAAAAAUUAAAGUUGGUAUCACCACAGGAUAAUCCUUACAUGUUACGAAAAAUCUAAGUAUUCGAUAAUAUUGGCAUUAGCUAUAAUUAUAAAUUCCAAAAAUUAAAAUUUUAAUAUAUGUAAAAUCUAACCAAAAAAAUUGGGUGACAUGCUUAGUAAGUCACUUUGUAUAUAUAUUUUAUUAUUUUUAUUAAUAGAAUAACCUACAAUACCUACUAUUAGAAUUGUAUUGUAAUGUGAACUUAAAUUUUGUUAUUAAAUAUUGAUUUUUAUUUCAAAAUAAAAUAAUUUGUUUGAAAUUUAAAAUUGUAUUUUUUAUAAUUGGGAUGUUAGCAUAAAAGUUAAUUUAUACUAUAUACCAGCUCUGUAAAUAUAAAACCGGAAUUGGCCUAUAGAGUGCGCUAUUUGUCAAUUUAUUUACCGGCAAAGUAGAUUAUUGGCGGCACUUUCUUUCUUUGAAAUCUAACAAACAUUUUUAAAUUAAAACAAUACAAGUUUCUUUUAACAGCAUAUUUUUUACUAGCGUUGAACAUGUCGAGUUUUGUGCCUACUAACUACGAUUUGCGGACAGCAUUAAUUUUCUGUUACCAUUUAAAGAAAACUGUUGCAGAAUCACAUUGAAUACUUGUGGAAGCUUACGGUAAACAUGUUCUUGGUAAAUCACAAUGCUUUAAGUGGUUUAAAAAAUUUAAAAGCUGCGAUUUUGACGUGAGAAAUGAAAAACGUGGAAUACCACUGAAAAAGUUUGAAGACUGCGAAUUGCAAGCAUUGCUGGAUGAGGAUGACGCCCAAACCCAACAAGAACUUGCGGAUCAAUUAAAUGUGACACGAGAAUCCAUCUCCAUACGUUCAAAAGUCAUGGGAAAGAUCCAGAAAAUGGAAAAAUGGGUUCCACAUGAACUCGGUGAAAGACAGCAAGAAAAUCGAAAAACCACUUGUGAAAUGCUGCUCGCUAGGUACCAAAAAAAGUAAUUUCUCCAUCGAAUUGUGACAGGGGAUGAAAAAUGGAUAUAUUUUGAAAAUCCUAAACGAAAAAAGUCAUAAGUAACUCCAGGCGAACCAACAUCAACUGCUAGGCCAAAUUGCUAUGGAAAGAAAAUAAUGCUCCGUGUUUGGUGGGAUCAAAAGGCUGUGAUCUAUUAUGAGCUUCUAAAGCCUGGUAAAACAGUUAAUACUGAACACUACCAACAGUAAAUGAUUCAAUUGAAUCAGGUUUUACAUAUAAAACGACCAAAAUAUCAAAAACAGCAACACAAAGUUAUUUUGCUUCACGAUAAUGCGCCUUCACACACAGCAAAACAAAUCAAAGAAAAUAUGAAGGCAUUUAAUUGGGAAAAAAUUGCGCAUGUGGCGUAUUCACCAGACCUUGCUCUAUUGGAUUAUUAUUUGUUUGCAUUUGCCCAGCAACGCUUCACUUCUAACGAAAAUGUAAGAAAAUGGCUUGAUGACUGGUUUGUCUCAAAAGAACAGUUUUUUUGGUGUGGCAUUCAUAAAGUGCCAGAGAGAUGGGAAAAAUGUAUAGUUAACGGUGGACAAUAUUUCGAAUAAAAUAUUUUUUAUCAUUUUCAUACAAUAAAUGUGUAUUUUCUAAUAAAAAAUUCCGGUUUCAUAUUUACACACCUGGUAGGUUAUCCCUUUAGUAUAAAUUAAAAAUAAUACAUUAUAUAUAGAUACCAUAUUAUAUAGUAGAUACCAUAAAUACAAUUUUCAAUUUUGGAAUAAAAUGUCAAAGGUUCAAGAGUUAACGACUGUUUGAUAUAAUUUGAUAGUUUAGCUGUUGUAAAUAUAAUUUUUAUAACUUUCAAAAUUUUUUACCUAAUACAUUUCAAAAAAUUAAUAUAUUUUUUGUUUCAGAUGUGUUUUACAUUCUCACAGUCCUUGGGAAUUAUUGGUGGAAGACCAAACCAUGCUUUAUAUUUUAUAGGUUUCGUAGGUACAUACAAAAUUAAUUAACUAUGCCAAUAAUUUGUUGAAUAUUGAUCUUUAAUACACUUAAAUGAUCAGCAAUUUUAGUAUAGUUUUUUUUUUCUAUAAUUAGGGGAUGAUGUAAUUUUUUUGGAUCCACAUACAACACAGCAAAUUGGAAUGUUGCCAAACAAGGAUAUUGAUACUGAACAUAAAAUUGAUCAUUCUUAUCAUUGUCAACAAAUUAACCGAUUACCCAUUCUUAAUAUGGACCCAUCAAUUGCUGCUGUAAGUGAUGUUGUUAUGUUUACACUAUUAUUCAUCAAUUAUUGUUUUAUUAGUUUGCCAUUGCUGAAAUAGUAAUCUCAAACAUUAUAUAUUUAUUUAAAUCAAGUAAAAUACUUUUAUAUAUUGAAUAUUUGUUUACAAUAAAAAAGGACAAGACAAAAAUUUUGAGUAUAUAGUAUUUUGAAAUACCAUUAUUACUCUAUUGAAUACAUAAUAUUCUUAAGAAAUUAAAAUUGUUUAUUGAAGCAUUACAGCUUGACCAGCUAUAUUAGCUACAUAUUAUAUGUAUAAUAAGCAUGUUUUUGGUUUUCAGUGUUUUUUGUGUCAGACUGAAAAUGAUUUCAAGGAGCUUUGCCAUGAAUUGAAAGAACACUUAGUUCAAUCUAAUCAGACACCAUCACAAUCACUGAUCACUAUAUGCGAAGAACGGCCAUCUGACUGGAAAUUGGAUAGCUCUAGUAAUCUAUCUUCAUCAUCUGAUAAUGUUGCAGUUUCACUGUCAGGUAGGUUGUUUUUGUAUUUUUUUUGUGCAACUGCAGUAUCUGAAAAUUACUUUUGUUCUAUACAAAAAUUUGUCACUUUCCUUUGGUGAAAAAAAUAAUUUAUUAAAUUAUUAAUCAAAAAGGAGGGCAUACUUCCACGUGGGUAGUUCACUGUUGUAGUGAAAAGUUGUGUAGGUAAAGGGUAAAUUUAAUAUAUAUAUAUAUAUAUAUAUGCAACAAUUAAUCAUUGCUAAUAAAUAAAAUUAUUUUGAGUGGAAUUCAGUUGAAAGUGUUGCUUUACCAAUAAUAUAUAAAUGACAUAUUAUGAUAAAAUAAUAACAUAUGCAUUAUUUAUUUUCUUUAAUAAUAUUUGUUUAAUAUUGUACCUAUUUUCCUAGUUUUCCUAUUUAUUGAGAACUCUUAGAAAAAUCAAAAAAUGGCCUCCUUAAAAUACCACCUCAAUUAGAUUUCGUUUCAAAAAUAAUGUUAUCAUUGAAAAUUGGAGUUAAAUUAGUAGUAGAUAAGUUAUCCACAGAAAAAAAAAAAUUAAAAAAUCCAGAAUUAAAAAUUGAAUUUUUUGUCCACAGUUGUAUUGUGUACCUAAAACAUUUUUUUUUUUCCAAAUUUUUUUUAUGUUGGCAAACUAUUUUACUAUUCAAACCAUAUCCAAUUUAUGUAGUAUUGUCACCAGAUUUUUGUUUCUUAAAAUAUUGUAUUGUUGAAAUAUUCUUUCAUAUUAUAAAAUAUUGUGUAUUUACAAUACUGAUUUUUGCUACAGAAAUACUGAUACAUUUGGUUAUAACAUUUUAUGGUUAGUUCUUAAUAUAAAACUUAUAAAUUUUAUUGGAAUAAAUUGUACCAGAAUAUAUACAAAUUAUACCAAUUAUUAAUCAUAAAAACCAUGAUCUCAAAAUGAAUAUAGUAAAUAACAAAAAGUUGUAACAAUCUCUAAAAUCAUGGUACAUUAAUUUUUUUUCAGACUUAGAAUUGACCGAUAGAAAAUUUCUAACAGAUUCAGAUGAUGACUUUGAACUAUUGUGAUAUAGACAAUUCAAAACAAUUUUGUUAUAGUCCUGUCCUGAGACUAUAUUUGUGCAUACAUUCAAUUAUGCAAAUGUUGUACAAAGUAUAUUGCAUUGACAAGGAAUAAAAUAAUGUGUUUUUAAAGAGAUGGCGGUCAAUAUUGGUGGACAUUACAAUGUUAUAAUAACUCUAAUCAUGCAUCUUUAAAUUAACAUUUUAUUUAUAAUUUGUGUUAUUAUUAUUAUUUUUUUUGUUGUUUAAACAAAUUAUAUUAUUUUGUAUUGUUAAAAUUAAUUUCAUUUUUAUUAAUGAAAAGUUAAAAAAAAAAUAUUGUUAUAUUUACUAAACAAUUAACAAACUCUGGAGUUUUUGUUACUACAUCAGUAGAUGGGGACAUUAUAUUUUUUGCAUAACAAUAUGUGUUCUAUAAUCAUUGUUAAAUUUAUUUACCAUUUAUUUAGUUUUCACAUUUUUUUCAAUUAGUCUAUUGCAACAAAUUAAUUUCUAGUUAUAUAUUACAUAUUAUUGGAUCAAAUAAUUUUCUAUGCCCAAAAGAGUUAUUUUUAUUUAUAUUAAUUUGUCCUUAAUCAGUCUUAUAAUUUGUAUGCUGUUUGGUUGUACCUAUGUAUUGUCAAAUAUUAUCUGUGCCAAUUAACUGCUGUUUAUUGAUAACACAUUCACUAUUCAGCUAUUUUAAUACAAAUAAUAUUUAAUACCUAAGAAUAACCUGUUAAAUUUGUAAAUACUUAAAAAAAUAAAUUGAAUAUAUUUUA